CAACCGUGAAUCUACCAAGAUCCAUUUCAAGAGAAAUAAAGUAUCUGGUCAACUCGAAAUAUGGAACGGAGAAGAAGAUAAAAUAAAAGGCUAUGAUUAGAUCGUGCUCCAAGUCCGAUGAUUGGGCAUCGCCGUGGGAACAGAAAAAUCGGUGCACUGUUGAGUACCUUCCAAAUUUGAAAGUCAUGCUUGCAACUGAUCAGUUGUUUGACAUGUCAACAAUUGUUGAUCCUGGUUAUGUAAUAUCUUUGAUACGAAAAUUUCACCAAAUAGACGACAAAGAUGGACUCCAAGGGUUAGAUUUGUCUGCUGUGGAAGUACCAAGAAGGGGUUGGCAGCAAGAGAAGAGGCCUGGAAAGAGUGCGAUUAGGGAGGAAAAAAAACCCAUCCUAAAUUUCUUCAAAGCCUCUACUCUAAUCUCAAAUAAGCAAAGAUUGAAACCUAAUUAUCUGAGUAAACUCUGCUGCAAUUUCUCCCUCUCCGCAACGCAAUCCAUGGUCUUCUUCUGCAUCCCGAUCAGCACAUUGUGCCAGGUAUUCACCCUCGACCGAACCUUGCUCGGGAACCCGACCACAUUAAUCGCCGCCAAAUCCUCCGCCGCCACGCCGAGCACCUCCGGCGGGGCUGCCCCGUCCAGCAGCCAUAUCAGGCAGGAGGAGAACCCUUUGGUGAUCUCCGAGUCGCUGUCCACUUUAAAUCUCAUCCGCCCCUCCCCGUCCAUCCUCGCCUCCAGCCACACCUGGGUCGUGCAACCCAUCACCCGAUUUCCCCUGACCCGACCCGAGUCAUCGAACGGCGGGAGGAGCGUCGCGUAGUGCAGCAAUCUCUUCACCCGGUCGAUCGGGUCGGGGAGGGCCUUGAAUUCGGAUGCCAAGAUCCGAACUUUAUCGCCGACGGAGGGGAUUCCGUUCCCGGCGGACCCGGAUACGGGCAGACGGUUCGAACCCGGGUUUCUUGGGUUGAUUUUACCGGGUUUUCGUGAAAUUUCCAGGUGAGAUGAAAGAAAGGCCGGGGGAUUUG